UGGCAGAGGGGUGUGAUGGCGCUGUGCCUCCCUUGCCAUGGUCGGGUGACUGAGUCCUCCGUCCCUCCCAAAGGUUACACGAGGGACAAGUCCUUCCUGGCCAUGGUGGUAGACAUCGUGCGGGAGCUGAAGCAGCAGAACCCCCGGCUCGUGUACGUGUGCGACCCGGUGAUGGGGGACAAGUGGGACGGAGAAGGCUCAAUGUACGUCCCGGAGGACCUCCUCCCCGUUUACAGAGAGCGGGUCGUGCCCGUGGCAGACAUCAUCACCCCGAACCAGUUUGAGGCUGAGUUGCUGAGUGGCAGAAAGAUCCACAGCCAGGAAGAAGCCUUAGCGGUGAUGGACAUGCUGCACUCGAUGGGCCCCGACACGGUGGUCAUCACCAGCUCCGACCUACCCUCCCCGAGGGGCAGAGACUACCUGAUCGCACUGGGGAGCCAGAGGACGCGGACCCCCGACGGCUCCGUGGUGACGCAGCGCAUCAGCAUGGAGAUGCGCAGGGUGGACGCAGUCUUCGUGGGCACCGGGGACCUCUUCGCCGCCAUGCUCUUGGCCUGGACGCACAAGCACCCCAACAGCCUCAAGGCGGCCUGUGAGAAGACCGUGUCGGCCAUGCACCACGUUCUGCAGCGGACCAUCAAAUGUGCGAAAGCCAAGUCUGGGGAAGGGCUGAAGCCCAGCCCGGCCCAGCUGGAGCUGAGGAUGGUCCAGAGCAAGCAGGACAUCGAGAACCCCGAGAUCGUUGUCCAGGCCACGGUGCUGUGAGGGCCGCGAGUCCCCGCCUCUUGUGACGCAGUGUUAGGUGUCCCCGUUUUCGUCCUUGUGAAACGUGUAACGUCUGCCUUAGAGCUGUGACCGAAACUUGAUAUUUUUUCUUUCGUGAGUGUCCAGCAUCCACGGGUCUUAAUUGUGAAAAUGUGCCGGUUGUGCUUUUCAAGAGUAACUAAGUGAUCACAGGUGUUUGUAGUUUGGGACCCCCAGCUCCCCGCUCCCAAGGCCCCCAGGCCCCCCGGGAAAACCAGCUCCAUGUCCACGUCUCAGGGGUGUCCUCCCCGGGCUCUGGGACGGCUUGGGGUGCGUGGUAGGUCCCCGUCCUGAGUGUGGGGUCCGGGGACGCCCGCGUCUGCCUCUCUGAGAGCGAGUCGGAGGUCACCCGUUCCUGUCCAGAAGGGUGAUGCCGGAUGUAUGUCUUCUGGGUCUGGCCUGUCCUGUGUUCCUAGUCCACAACUUUUUGCCUCUUACCUCUCCACAGGGCAGGCCCCCGGGGGUUCAGAUACUCCACUUUUGUCCGUGGCGUGGACAGGCUCCUGCAGCUCAGGCGCAGGCCCUGCACAGCCACUUUGGCGGGGACCUUCCCUGGACCCCCAAAAUCCGCAGAUCUCACGCGUGUCCGGGGACUGCCUUGUGACUCCCAGCAUUUCCAGGGACCUGCUGGGCAACAGGACAGAGGCCGCUGUACAGCCGAGGGCGGCCUGUGGGAAGGUCACAUCAGGCUCCUUUUGGAAAACUCACCCAGUUUCUAGGGGAACAGGUUAAGUGCUGUUUGCCCCUGACUGCUGGUGACAAAUGCACUGGGUCCCCGUGUUAGUGCACAGACAGGUCCGGAGGCCGGAGGUGGCUCCUGCCCCACUGUUGGCGUGUUAACCCCACCGGCCAGUUACCUCGUCCCCUGCGUCGCUCCCGCCACAGUCCCUCGUCCUGUGAUAGCAGGUGCCAGGAAGCAAGAGGCGUGCGGGAGCCAGCCGCAGCCCCCACCCCGGGUGGGGCGGGGCUGCAGAGGAGCAGCUGUCCGUGAUGCCUCAGGUGGGCUGGGGCCCCGAAGGCCACAGCAUAAGCCCUGAUACCGGUCCAGUUGUCUGCUGCCGGGGUGACCUCCCUGGCCCCACUUGGCCCAGAAUUGUGGAGAUUCCCCCAGGCAUGGCUGCAAGUAGGCUGAAGACUCAGCCCGCCCCCCGACUCUGGGGUUGCAGCUGUUUGCAUCCCCCGGGAACCCACAGCCUGGGGGAAAGGGAAAUUGCAGGAUGUGGGUCCCAGGAAGGCAGGCUGUCCAAGGGCUGCCCUGGUCCGCGACCCUGGCUCUGUCCCCACAAGCAGCCCUGUCCUGGAGCCCGCACCUUCUCCUGGCUGUUCCCGGGUGUCCAGGACAAGCCCCCGCCCGGUACUGCUUUCUUCUCUUCGUUGAAAAUGCCCCGAAACGAAGACGGGGCACGAGUGCCUGCGCGCGGGGCCAGGGGGCCUCAGCUCCCCGAAGUGGCCAGCGGGUCAGGGUGUCUGUGUCCGUGUCUCCUGGUCCCUGCAGGCCCCGCUGGCCGAGGAGGAGGAGGAGGAGGGCCGUGGCUGGUGGAGGCGGCCUCCCCAGCAGGGCGGCCCGGGGCCAGCCGCAGUCCCCCCGGCCCUGGGCCCCCGCAGAGCCUUUAACGGACAAUGCUGUCACUGCCACGUAGCGCUGGGGAGACGGCCAUCCCACCCGCCUGCGGGAAACCCUUUUUCUUUUUCUACAUAAGGUUUCUCAGUUCCUUAAGUUUUAUUUCAGAGGUUUGGGCCUCACGUUCGGUUGCCUCUGACUUCCCAGUGUCAGGAACGGAACGGUGAGAACCAUUCCACCCGUAAAACUGGGAACUCUGGCAGGGUCUGAGGCUCGCGCUCCUGUCUCCGCUGGCUGUAAGGCCCCAGCCACGAGGGGAGGCUGUGGCCUGAGCCCUCUGUCCUAAGAGAAGGAAACGGGGCUCCUGGGAGCCUUUGCAGAGGGCAGGGCUCGGAGGGAGAACAUGAGCGUCUGUGGGAAACCACGGCCGAACUCCCCACGCGGCAGUGUCCUUCUCGUCCUGAUGUUGCUCCCCGCGUAUCAGCCUCGUUCUCAGGGGGACCUACUCUGUUUGUCGUGGCGACGGCAGAGGCCCCAGACUAUCUCUGUUCAGAAUUUCCCAUCCAGAAGCUUCCCAUGGCCAGUGGCAGUGGUUUUUGAUAACAGUUUGGGUCCAAGUUAGAAUUAACUUUUUUUUAACCCUCCAUAGUUUAGUAACAUGCAGAAUAAUAAUUUAUUUUAAGAUGAGAGAUAUAUUGGCCCUGAGUCGCCUGCUUACUACCAGAGUGUAGAUUUCAAAUCUUAUUCUGUAGUCCUUAAAGAUGAAUUACAAAAUACAGUCCAUCUUUUUUAACCA